AUGGGCUAUGCAAGUUGCCUUAUGCUAGCAGCUGGCAUACUGCCAUGGCUCCCCGUCUGCGAACUGCUCGACGGCUCACUUCCAUCUCAGGCACACUUUUCUCAUGGACUUCCAUUUGACUGUUCCGGUUUUUUAACCAAGGAUUACUACUCUGGUGACCCAUUAUCUCAUCCACUCCUCAACCCCGUUUCUCCUACUUUUGUAACUGGACAUUCUUUGCACCUCGGGAUUUUGGAUUCUAUGGACGCCAGAUGGCUCGUGCUCUUGAUUGUCAUUCUCGUUCAUGGUUUGUUCGAUGUAGACGAGCUGUGGUCACAAUGGUGGCAGUACGCGCUCACCGUUCCUUUGUGUCUAAGUCAUAUGAUACUCACUAAUGUAUUCUACGCUCUUCUGGGACAUUUACGAGUUUCCACUCCUACUCCUCCUCUUGAUGCAAAUGCAACCCUACCUUGCCCAUCUGGGCUGCACCACGCUCAGCUGCUCUCCCCGGUCCCCCCAUGGGAUGGUCAAUGGGGACUUCUUUGUCGGACGAAUUUAUUCACCGCUUUUUCAUUUGUGGUGGCUCAUCUGGUUGGCCAAAGUAUCGCAAACUGGACCUCCUUGCAUCGCUGUCGCCUGUUCCUCACAACUGGGGCAGCUCAAGCCAAACUACAUCGAUUAUCACUCGUUGAAAGUGAACUGGACCAAUUAACCCACCGUCUGGUUCCAGCCCCAUUGGCUGAAGAUCUGGGACGCGAUUUCAUCUCAGGUUACCUCGGAUGGAGCUCACCACUUGUUAUUUAUCUUCGCAAUGUCAGUUUCCUGAGCGCUGAACUCGUUGGUCUGUCGUCAUUGGCCUCAUCAAUUUCUGCCUCGCCGACGGUAUCAACUCAGGUCGUUGCGCAGUUUGUCGCCUUUGUUAACGACCUCUUCAACUGUUUUGACCGCUUGGCUAAACGAGAGGGGUGUUAUCGGGUUCGUCUGAACUCUUCAGAGUGUCUCUAUAUCGCAGGCUAUCCGGAGACGCGCGUUGAUCAUGCCCGAUCGUGUGUGGAUUUCGGACUGAGCAUGCUGGCCAUUACGAAUGAGCUGUCGGAAAUGUCAGGCGUCAAGUUGGAACUGCGAAUAGCGGUCCACACUGGUACCGCAUAUGCCGCUGUCCUUGGUCGCACUCGUCUUGGAUUCGAACUCACAGGAGACGACGUCCUGUAUGUAAGCGCACUCAGACAAACUGCUGUGCGUCCCGGUCGCGUUUUGACUUCCCGCCUCACAUUCAACCAACUCCCGGAGGGGUUCCGAGGCGAGGCUGGGCCUGUUCUGAAUUACCCGUAUCCGAUCAAUGCAGCAGCGCAAGCGCUCGAACCUUUCCCCCCUUCUUCAUUCUCUUCUAUGGAUACUUACUUUGUCCAACCACGCCAAAUACAGCCAUCUUCUACUAGGAUCGAGAUUGAUAUGUCUGAACUCGGUGACACCAAUCCGCAUCGUGACUGGCCUAAACUAAGUGAGCUAUGCACGGACAACUUGCAUCUGGUUAGUCGCAUCGCAGCUACCGCCAGUAUUGUCUGUCGUCGCACGAUUGAUGGUCAGCCAUGUGCGGUGCAGUCACUGGCCGCUGCCGAGGUUCCGUUUGAUUACCUCGACACAGCCACAUCCGAUCGGGGAGAGGCCUUCGAUAAAUUGGCUGAUGUACGUCUUGAUUUGCUGCAUUCGUUAUCCGGUAAUCGGUUCAACGAAGCUGGGAGUACCGCCUCAAUUCGGACUGCACGGGAUCCUGAUGCACAUCUUCGUCCCCCCGAUCCAACUGUCCCAGAGCCGUUGAUCAAGACCCAGUCAUUCGGACACGAAUUGGACAUGGCCGCCGUCGUUACUGACAAGUGCGUCGAUAGCAAACUGGUUCCUUUUCUGCGACGGGCUGGCAAACUUCGUGGGAAGAACUCGGUGGAUGGAACCGAUUUAUCGGUCCACUUGAAUAAUCGUCCAACCACUUGUGCCGACAACUCCAUGGCCACCAGUAUCACAACCACCAUCACCACAACGGCUACAGCCGCAAUGCCCACCAACAAUCCAGACUACCCUGAUUCCACGGGUCCUGGUCACCCCGAAGUCGUUGAACGUAUGUGGAAACCAUUAUUGAACCAGUUACCCUGGUUGAACAUCUCUCCGCCAGGAUGUCAACCACCGCAUUGGCUCACUUUGCGCGAGAAACCUCUAUGGACCACCUUUUGUGAUGGCUUCUUCUCUGCAAAAAUGGUGUAUGCCCAUUUGGCUGAUUCCAUGUCAUCCGACCAUCGUGUGGACAUCGCACCACAAUCUCGCAGUCGACCAGCAGCGCUGAUUGCCAACUCUAUUGCCCCUAUCGCAUUUCGCACCGAUCCACUUCAUCGGCUGCGAGUGAUGCGUUUUGCGAUACUCGCCCUGUUACCGCUAGUGAUUGCUCUUGCGAUAUUGAACACUUUACUUGUAUCAAGGUCUUUCAUGUUUCUCCUCGCACACCUAGUGGCAUUGGUUUACCUGCUAUCGCAACUGGUCGCAUUGCGUUUACUUCGGCGUUGCUCGCAUUUGGGAUUCCUUAAUCGGCCAACCUUCAGUCGCAUCUUCAUGUCGAGCUCCGUGGCCGCACCAGUCGCAGCGGUCGCCGUCACUUGGUCCGCGUGUCAGCCCUCUCUUCUGGUCAACGCAUCAACCGCGCUCAAUAAUACCAAUGUGCCAUUCGUGAUGCAGUCCGCAUCGAGUACUCUUGAAUCUGGCCAACUUUGUCCGCUUCCCUUCGAAUUUACCCUCCUCGUUGGCCUCUCUUGUAUGUUGCCUGCAGUUCUUUGCCAAGCUACCAUGUUCGCAGCUGCACCAAAGACUGUCGAGUUCGGAUACGACAGUCACCUGACCAAACACGACCAGCUAUCGCCUGAGCCAGUGUUGCUGAAUCAGCUCUCUCGUUUCUGCAUCGGCUGUACUGUUUUGUUGUUACAUACCACCGCUUUCGUUUGGUCAACGCUUAACUCCAGAUGGUUCUCUCGUUCACAGCUUCGAGGUACAGGCAAAUCUCAUUUUACGUCUGAAACCGGUGUGGCAAUUGUCACUUUCGCCCAAACACUGCUUUUUCUUGUCGCAUUCCUUGUCCUGUCAUUCCUACUCCCAAGAAGUUUGGAAUAUCAGUCAUACUUGCUCCGUCAGUGGAAUGUCAAGGGCCAUGAGGCAGCGAAUCAUCUGUUGGCCGUGCGCUCAGCUCUUGCUCAUCUGCUAGUUUCCGUCGUUCCCCGAUUCGCCAUCACUGAUGUGUACUCCCCGAAGAAGAGCCCUGAAGUGUACUCCAGCUCCCAUCCCUUCGUUGGAUUUGCCCUCAUCCAAUUGACUGUUAGCACAGGUCACGUGAGUGGUGGCCCUGAUCGCACCUCUGAGACGAAUGGAGCAGUUGCAGCCGGCAACUCGGAUGCAGACGAACCUUCUCAGGUGGCCGACCGUCUGCGCCUGUUGAACCAUUUGAUUGGUAUGAUUGACGGGUUGGCUGAUGGGGAAGUUCGAGAGCGACCGAACUCUGAGGCGACCAUCAAUGAUAGGAAUCAGGUUAACCACACUGUAUCGCUUGGCUCUGAUCACCAACUGACCAAAGUUCACGUCGGCGGCACUGCCAUCGGUUACGCGAUAGGGCUGUCAUCGACUAACACCUCACAAUCAAGACAGAUCGCCGAUCUGCUAUCGUUCACUGAGCGGGCUCUUGAAGCCUGUGAGGAGGUCAACAUGAAGGCUCGUUCCACAAACACUUUCAUCCACGCCCGCAUUGCUUUGCACACUGGGCCAGCUGUUGUCGGUCUUAUCGGCAAACGACGUCCCGUCUUCACAAUGUGGGGCAACCCGGCACAAGUGUGCCUUCAUCUUCUCCAGGAGUCCCACGUACCAGCACUGAACCGACAACACCUGAUAUUGGCAACCGACGCAGUUAUAGGAGCACUACCACCUGGUCGAUUGACAACCGGUUCCCUAGCUGGUCAACCUUUGAUAUGGCGAUGUGUCAACGCGCAGUCCGGACGAAUUCUACUCUCCUCUCAGUUGCCUACUACCGCAGCCCCCUCUGCACCUAAUGGUUCUGGCCGAAAACAACCACCUUGCCCAAUUUUGCACUUUUGCUCGAUCCCCGCGGCCUCAGUUCUUGAGCCUGAUUCGGAGUACAUGAACAAAGCAGCAUUCGCAGUUCUGAAUUUGGCCAGGAGUGCUUCUCUUCGGGCAUCGCAUAUGGUGUCUGUUCCACCACACAAAUCAUCAUGCCAAGUGGCAUCUCCGGAAGCCUCAUCCAAAUGUUUCAAUGGACGACAAUCGGCGCACCUCUCUCGACUGCCCACCACGUCAUUGACUUCCGCUCACUCGUCCACUCAGACCGUCCACUCAGUGGCUGUCACCUCGUCAACUAACUUGGACAAACAUCCGGCUGGUCGCUUCGUCAUCGCACAGCCUACAGUCCAACAGUUUAACCGGUCUCACCCACUUCAACCAGCUCCUCCAGUCGCCGCACCCCCACCACCGCCGCCCCCACAUCAACGUGCCUAUUCUUCCCAAGGUCUGCAAGCCUGUCUCGGGUCUGCGGUCCCCUCCACUGCAUAUGUGUGGUCUCCUCCUGGAUCCAGUGUUGUUGCAUCGCACUCUCAGGUCGGCGUUGGUCCUCCAGCCUCUCUCAGUCUCUCUGACGGUUUGUGCGAUAUCCUCGCUUGUCAGCCCACUAAGCGAAUUGCUCCGGCAGGGCACAGCUGCAGCAUGGAACCACCCAGCGUGGCCACUCGCCAAGCAUUUCGCCGCGGUGUGGUUUCACAAUGUGCACCUAGGUCUCACGAGUACUCCAUCGUCCACGUCGAACCGCUUGCCUCCAACCCUGGUCGAGUUCAUUCGAACGAACUGAAGCGCCGGUGCCUUCAACCCUCUGUUAUCGGUUCGCCCGCGAAAAAUGAUGGUGGAUAUUGGCACAAUUCCAUUCCCCACCCUCCCAGUCACAAAUUGCAUUCUGAAAAUCGAGCAGACUCACACAACAGCUAUGCUCAAUGUGUAAAACAUCCUGGUGCUGUGGUAACAACUGACGUCAUUGCCCAAGCGGAAAAAUUUCAUAAUUCUGCCUCGCAGCAACCUAACCAAUCUGGUAUCCCCCGAUCUUUAACUCUAUCUUCUACUGACUCCUUCUUGGCCGCUGAGAUGGCUUGUGCGGAGGAGUCUGGCCGUCCGGUGUCGUCCGCAUCACCUGCGGUCGUUGUAGAUCUUUCAAGCGAAGACGAUGCGGCUGGAGACGUUGAAGCGACUGAUGUGAUCAGCCAUCACAAUCCCCUGUACACGGAUAACGAAUACGAAUCCAUGGCCGAAAGCCAAGGCAACUUGUGCUUCCAGGGUCAAUCAAAGUCUAAUAUUGCACACAUUCGCGCAGGUUCCGGAAAUUCAAACGGUGACAGCCAGCAGUCUGGGGAUGUUUCCCUCUUCUCCAAACGCGGUGAUAUUGAUUUUCCUGAUCGUUGUGCCACACAAUCCGCAUUUCCGUUCAAUCGCACCGCCGUUGGUCAUCCAGCAGGACAGGUGCUUUUGAAUCACCACAUCCAAACACGACCAAGUGAAUUCUCAACCCAAGCACAGUGGAGCUGUGCUGUCGGAACAACCCCUGGCUCCAUAGGUGGUGCACUGUACUCAACCACCUCAAGUGCUCAACCUUUCAACUUUCCCGAUAUUCGACGCCCUUCCAGUCCCAAAUGCGUUCGCGACCCUAAGUUAACCACACGACCAAACAUGCCUUUGAACUUUCCGAACGUAACUGCCGGUUACGGCACCAGAAACUACGCGGCAGUUGGCGUACAUAACUGCACUGGUCAAUUCUCUUCGUUUGCUUCUUCCGUUGCUAGAAGCGCUCCUGUUUCCAGUGCACCCUCAGGUAACCGUGUCCAUCCACCAUCGUCCAAUGGGCGUUCCAUAAACAUGCCUUCCAAUGCGGCUUCUUUGGAACCAAUCGCGCCACACGGCACUGCGUGCCUUGUUUCCGAACCAAGCAUCUCACUGAAUCGACACACACCGAAUACCGGAAUGGCACCACCGAGCACUUCACAGGGGACCACCGCCCCUCACCUGGACGCUGACAACGUUGAGGCGGAGUACGCCGGUACUUAUUCACUUGGUCCGUUGAGCAUGGUUGUGCAACCCUCCAUCGCAGGAGAUGGUCUCACUAGUUGUGAAGAGGACUAUGAUGAACAUGAUUCGUGCAUCCCCACUUCACCUCAGCACUCAUCCGCUUAUCGGGAUCAUACAAUGGCCGAUCGAUUAACGGGGACAAAGGAUCUUCCUGUCACUUCGUCAUCCGGUCUCUUUGGCUUUGAUCUGUCUGCAGGUCGGCCCACUCGCUGCAUGACCGAUAGUUUAGUAGCCAAUCCCGAUUUGGAUGCUCCGAAUGCAUCUGAUACCUCCGAUUUCAGUGAACAGUCCGACUCCGGAUCACAUCAUGCUCCUAGGCCACGCCAGACACACUUCUCCCAUUUGUCAGGACUGGCAUUGUUGUCACACUCUGCUGUUAACGGUGACUACGCGAGCCAAUCUGAAGGACCGCAAAUGGACAUCGAACUCACUGAAUCCGAGGCCGACGAGGUAUUCGCCUACCAUGGUUGCCCCGGUGCAUGUCUCAACCGACCAUCUACAACGCAGGUGCCGCAAAUUCUUUAUGAAGGUUCACAAGCGUCCUACGCUCAACCGAUUGAUCAGUCAUCCAACCGAGAGGUCUUCACUUCUCGUACACCACCGAAGGGACACUGGUUCCCCACUGUUCCUGGCCAGCAUUUUGUCAGCGGGCGUUCUGUGUUAUUACAACGCCCACAGCCACCUCGGUCCACAUUGCCCGCAGUUGCCCCAGUCAAGUUACCCAACUUCCACAGGCCUCAUGGUCUUUCUCCUCCCAUCGCCGUCCCUCAACGCAACACCUUCCUCAGUCCACCCGAAGCCAAUGGCACUUCAGAAUAUGACAACCUCUGUCCGAACAGCAGCUUGUUGAACAAAACCAGGCCACUGGAAACCAAAUCACAAUCGUGCGAUAACCACCCGUCUGGUCCAAUAUGGAAUGGCGCUUCGCCAGACGCAUGCUCACUCACCUCGCCCGUGGAAGCAACUAGUGACGUGGUCAGCAAAUAUGAUGGUGGUGCGUCCGCAUCUAUCUAUGAUUCGGGAGACGAUGAGGAAGACGCCCUUGCAGCUGAUGCGGUGGCUCCUCACCAACCUGUCGAACCUCUGGUCAAUGGGGUAUCAAGUCGUCAUCACUCGGUCUCUCCAAUAAGUGUUGAACCUUCCAAAAACUCUAUUCUUCCUCCCAGUAAAUUACCAGUGCCUAUCGACCCCAGGUGGCCCGUCACGUCCAACGCAAUCCAACUCCAACACACGCCUAGCAGCGCUGGAAGUCACACUAGUAGCAUAGAUCAACAAAGGUCUGAAUACGACAAUGUCGACCGUUCCCACUCUCCGGCACCUGUUGUGCCCCGAUCCGCGCCUAGUGUAACUCGUGCUGAUACUACGAAAGAAAUCUCUUUCUCACAAAAACCUAGAUCAGGUCAUAUUUCGCGUCGCAGCGGAUCAUUCGGUGAACAUCCCGAGCGGUGCUUCGGCCGCGGAGGGGGUGGUCGUAAUUUGUGGGACGCGGAAAUCGCUGCCGAAGCUCGCCGGAUCAGUCACCAGUUCCGUGCCAUGGGUUGGCUUCCGACUUCCAGCUAUAUUACGCUGUCAGCAGGUGUAUCACCAGCUGAGAAGCGUAGAGCUUUUGUGGGCACCGCUACAAAUCUACCCUUACCAAGUAGCAAAUUCAACGGCGCACAUGGCCAGUCAAAUUGUGGUCACGAACUGGCACCGACUCAUUUGUUCCUUAUACCCACGGGCACCCAGACGAGCACUCCAUGCUCGAGGCACGCUUCGCUGGGUUAUCGCAACCGCAGAUGUCUAGGUACUUUGGACAGCGAUACAGUGACCAGUGUUACCUCCCAGUUUGACGAGGAUCGGGACUACCUGUACGAUUCCCCGGAUGCCAGUGAGCUGGAGUGUGGCGGAGUCAAGACAACGGCUUCCGCCAACGGUUCGUGUGUUUUCGGAUCCCUUUCCGUCCGAGAUUUGGGCUGCAUCAUGAUUCGGCCCCGAUCUCUAAGUGCAACCUGCUUGAACACGCUUUCUGCUUUGGAACAGUAUGAGGUGUUUGCCAAACGCGCCUUGCUACCCAGUUCCCCAUCAGAAUUGAACUCAAGUGGAAGUGAGUCCGAUGAGCAUGUGGGAUCAUUUGACAAAACCGUCCUGAGCAACAACGCUACCUCGGAGGUCGAAAAUAACCACUCACCGUGUCUGCGUGAUUCAGCGUCGCGGCCCAACGCUCGUCAACGCCACGCGGUACGCCGCACCAAAUCCACUCUCCCCACUCACCCGUCCGCCCGAGUGAAUCGCGAAGACCGUAGUCCUGGUUUUUCGCGUCUCCAGCGCCGUGCCGCACGCGUACGAAGUCUCAUUCCACCAGAGUUACAACCGUACAUUUUACCCGGUUGUAUGAGCUCCCUCAGUCGUUCAUCCUCGAUCGCGAGCCAUGUGAGCCAUGGUCAAACCACGGAUUUCGUCUUCCUUUCCCUGCUAGAUGGAAAGUCAUCCUCUAGAUCGCAUGACUGGAACGCAGCUCGUCGAUCCGGCCACCUUAUCCGAUCUACUAGCGAUCCAGAACUGUGUGUUCGGUCGAUCUCAACCGGGCGGAUACACGCGUGCCCUUCGAGGUUCACCGAAUUACCGGACUCUCCGCUAUGACUUGAUUUUGUGUAUUAAAGUGCACUAUUUUUCACUGACAAGGACAACACACUCAACUGAACUGCAUUUAUUCAGUUUUCCACUGCUUUAUAGGUAACAAGUUUUCAAAUUAACCUGGUGCUCUCUUAAUUCAUCUCCUCCAACUCGUCUGCCAUUUUGUUAAAUUACCGUACUGAAUUUUCUAAAGUAGUCGCAUGUUCUCUUUAAAUUGCUUUUUCACAGCAUGUUCCACCCUCUCACAAUCCCAGCACAGCAAAGACGUCUCCACGAUUUCAACUCUCUUGCACCCUUUAAGCUACCUUUCGUAUUUUAAGCUACCUUGUUUUUUGGUCUCUCACUCUUGUCCUUUUCUACUACCGUAUCUAUUUCUCACAGACUUUGACCAAUCAAUCCUGGUGCAAUCGUUUCCUUACCUUCACCACCGUGUUACUUUCCUUUUGCUGAUAACGGUCUUCUUCGAAUGCCAGUGGCAUUCUAUGUUUUGAUCGGGCUGCUCGAUUUAUCUUGUAUCUUCUCCAUGGAAGCAUUUUUAAACCUCAAUAUGCUACCUAGUGUAUUCUGCAUAUCCCUCGGUAGAUACCGCUAAUUUAGACCAAACUUACUGUACUUCCUGUGGGUAACUUGAGAGCUCUUCGGGCAUUGUAACACACGCAUCAUCGACACUGUCCCUAAGGCUGAAACGAUGAUUUUUUCUG